ACCAAGACUGUCGUCCAGGCUAAUUGUUCAGCACGACAUCGGUGCGCGGCAGGUGAUCCAGAGCAAAACAGCUGCCACCAACUUGCGACUGCGCCGACCAGUGUAACCGAACAGCCGCCUGCCAUCAUGAACGGCGACAGCUAUUCUAGAGACGGUGGCCGCCUAGGUGGAUCAAGGGGAUACUCUUCGAGAGAUGACCGUCGAGACCGUGACCGCGGCGACCGCGAGCGACGGGACCGAGAUGACCGCGGAAACCGUGGAGAGCGUGGCGACCGUGACCGUGACCGUGGUUCCUACCGUAGACGCUCCCGUUCUCCCCGUCACGGAGGUGGAGGCUCUCGUCGCGACUACGAAGUCGACUCCUAUUCUAUGAGCCGUGACUAUCGUGAUAGAGAGCGCGAAGGAGCCAACGACCGCCGUGCUGAACCUCGCGAACCUCGUGAACCUCGAGAACCGCGCGAACCACGCGAACCACGCGACGACCGGGCAUGGGGCGAUUCGUACUCUCGUCGCGAUCGUCCUCCACGACACGAGCGCGACGACCAUCGACCCCCACGCCGCGAUAGGAACGACCGCGAUUUCGAAGACCGUCCCCGAGGCGGCAGGCGGGAUGGCGGAGGCGGUGGUCGCGACUUCGGUGGUGGUGGACGGGACAGGAAGAAAUCUGCUUCCCCUCCGCCCAAAAAACGCGAGGCAACACCCGACCUUGCCGGCUUCACAGACAUUUUCAAUCGCCCUCGACGCAUGACCCAAUGGGACAUCAAACCGGCAGGCUACGACAACAUCACUGCAGAGCAAGCCAAGCUCUCUGGCAUGUUUCCCUUGCCUGGUGCUCCUCGUGCUGCCCCUAUGGACCCUUCCAAGCUGGCUGCCUUUGUGAGCCCUACCACCGGCACUGCAAAUGCCUCCGAGCUUCAACCUUCCAAUGCGAAGCAAGCAAAGCGAGUCUUCAUAUAUAACAUCCCUACCGAUGCUACCAGCGACGAGGUCGUUGAAUUCUUCAAUCUGCAGCUCAACGGGCUCAAUGUUGUUUCUGGCCGCGACCCCUGCCUCAGCGCUAUGAUUGCGAGCAACCACGAGUAUGCCUUGGUCGAAUUCAAGACAGCUGAGGACGCCACGGUAGCCUUCGCUAUGGAUGGCAUUUCCAUGCUUGAUAACGGAGCUGGCGCGCCGGACAGGGAAGGUCUUUCCAUUCGCCGACCCAAGGAUUACAUCACUCCGUCCGAGGACGAGGUAGCUCGCGGCGGCGAAGGUGUCCUGACCGACGUGAAGGAUAGUCCGAACAAGCUCAGUAUCGUCAACAUUCCUUCAUACGUGGAAGAGGCACAGGUUAGGGAGCUUGUGGAGACUUUCGGACAGCUCAAAGCGUUCGUUCUGGUCAAGGACACUAGCACUGAGCAGCAUCGUGGUAUUGCUUUCUGUGAAUACGAAGACCCUAACAUUGUUGAUACGGUCAUUGAUGGUUUGAACACAAUUCCGCUCGGCGAUGGAAAUCUCAAGGUCACCCGUGCAACGGUUGGUGUGAAGCAACAAGUUGGCUUUGACGGUGGUGUAGGUGCAAUCUCCAUGCUGGCCAGUGCGACUGCCGCAGACAACCGCGAGAAGAGCCGUGUCAUUUGCCUCAUGAACAUGGUCACUACAGAUGAGCUCAUCAAUGACGAAGAGUACGAGGAAAUCAAAGAGGACGUUGAAGAGGAAUGCGGAAAAUACGGACCCAUCCUUGAAGUCAAGAUACCUCGCCCCGCAGGAGCUCGCAGCAGCGCUGGCGUGGGCAAAAUAUACAUCAAGUAUCAAGAUAUGGAGUCGGCGCAGAAAGCGAUCAAGGCGCUUGCUGGUCGCCAAUUCUCGAGGAGAACGGUGGUGGUCACGGAACUUUCCGAAGAAAGCUUUGAUGUUGAAGCAUGGUGAGCUAAAAAAAAAAGAUUUGCGCAUAGCUGGCUGCUAACCAGCUAUGCCGCGAUUGGCGGCGCCAACCGUCGACUGUAUUAUUCAUUGGUUUCGCGCGAUACGGGUGGAUGUAGCAAAAAAUUACGAGCUUGCAGUUGCGUCUUUGUAUACUAAUUUGAUGUGGCAGGAGGGACUUGAGUGGAAGGCAACCAGUGCGCACGAUGGAACUCGCGUUUCGAGAGAAACCAUCAUCAAAUGAGACCUUUCGUCUUGAAUUCUCGAGGGUCCAAAUUUCCUGAAUAAUUGAGUCGUUGGUCGGUCAGCGACGUCGACUUUCUGGGAGACUACAUUUCGUUUAUCCCCCCC